AUGAAGUUUGCCUUGGCUGUGAUUUCUGCUGUGUUGGUGGGGUCCAUACUGGCGGCCGACCUUCCGGAUGCUGCGCCUUGCGACCCCACGCUGUGUUCUCUGCCACACUGCAGAUGCACGGACACAACUGUUCCUGGAGGUUUUACAGCCGCUAACACACCUCAGUUCGUCAUCCUCACCUUCGACGAUGGAGUCAACGUCAACAACAUGGUCCUGUACCGCAGCUUGCUGAGCAAUCGUCGCAACUCCAACACCUGCCCCGCUGCGGCGACCUUCUUCGUGACCCACGAGUACACCGACUACACUCUGGUCAACGAGCUGUACAAUGCUGGCCAUGAAAUCGCCCUCCACUCCAUCACCCAUCAAGUAUCAAUCGAUUAUUGGAGGGAAGCCGACUACGCGACCAUGAUGAGAGAGUUUGCUGACCAAAGAAGUCAGAUCGCCCACUUCGCGAAUAUCCCCGUUAACUCUGUCCACGGUGUCCGAUUGCCGUUCCUCCAAAUGGCUGGAAAUGCUUCCUUCCAAAUGAUGGCCAGUGCUGGACUUACUUACGACAUAACUUGGCCCACCAACGAUUAUAGAGAUCCCGGUCUAUGGCCUUACACCCUCAACUUUAGAUCGACUCAAGACUGUGUAAUCCCACCUUGCCCAACUGCUUCGAUUCCUGGUCCAUGGGUCAUUCCGAUGAACAGCUGGACUGAUCUGCAAGGCCUUCCCUGCGCUAUGGUCGACACUUGCUUCCACCACCCACACGGAGCGGAUCAAGAAGGCUGGUUCAAUUUCAUCAUGCAGAACUUCCAAAGGCAUUAUCUCGGAAACCGUUCGCCAUUCGGCUUCUACGUCCACGAGUGGUUCGUCCGCGUCAACCCUGGCCUAAGGUUCGCACUGGAGCGAUUCUUAGACGUGGUCAACAACCUCAACGAUGCGUUCAUGGUCAACGCUAAGGAAGUUACCGACUGGGUGCAGAAUCCUGUGCCACUCAACGUGUACCGUCAGAGACCAUGCCAGAACCGUUUGCAGACCCAGUGCGGUGCCAAUUUCUGCGGACCUCUGCGCGCUCCUACCGCAGAUAAAAACUACUACAUGCAAGUGUGCAGUACUUGUCCGCGCGUCUACCCCUGGAUUAACAACCCUCUUGGACUGUAA